AGGAUUGGGCAAUAGGACGGAAGUGCUGGAGUUUCUUGUUUCCGCUUCCUGUUCCCGGCUGGAUCCUGAUCGGUCGUGUACUGGAGAGCUGGGAGCAGAACGAAAGUGGCUUCUGACUCCCAUUCAGCGUAGGUCCAUUGGCGAGGUCGGUGAGUGGGAGGAUGAUUUGCUGCUGCAUUCUGUGUCCAGCACAAUGUUUCUGCCGCCGCCGCCGCCGCCGCUGCUGCUGCUGCUGCUGCUAAUCACUAUCACAGCUGCUGUUGAGGUCAAACGGCCUCGGGGUGUCUCCCUUACCAAUCAUCACUUCUAUGACAAAUCUAAGCCUUUCACCUGCCUGGAUGGGUCCUCCACUAUCCCAUUUGAUCAAGUAAAUGAUGACUACUGUGAUUGUCAGGAUGGCUCUGAUGAACCAGGGACUGCUGCCUGCCCAGAGGGACGCUUCCACUGUACCAAUGCUGGGUAUAAACCCCACUACAUUCCCUCUAGCCGUGUCAAUGAUGGGAUCUGUGAUUGCUGUGAUGCCACGGAUGAGUACAACAGUGGGGUUGUCUGUGAGAACACAUGCAGGGAAAUGGGCCGGAAAGAGAAGGAAACUCUAGAACAGAUGGCAGAGGUUGCCCGUGAAGGAUUCCGGCUCAAGAAGAUCCUGAUUGAAGAAGGGAAGAAAGGCCAAGAGGAAAAGAGGAUCAAGCUCCUUGGUUUGCAAGAGUCGAAGAAGACUUUGGAGGAGCAGGUGGCGAUGCUGAGAGCAGUGAAAGAGGAAGCAGAGAAGCCUGAGAAAGAAUCGAAGGAGAGGCACCAAAGGCUGUGGGAAGAGCAGCAGGCAGCAGCCAUUGCCGCGAGGGAUCAGGAGCAGGCUGCCAGUGCUUUCCAGGAGCUGGAUGAUAAUACUGAUGGAGUGAUUUCAGUGGCUGAACUUCAGACCCACCCAGAACUAGACCCAGAUGGUGAUGGGGCUUUGUCAGAAGCAGAAGCCCAGGCUUUUCUGGGAGAGGCCUUGCAGGUGGAUGCUGCCGGAUUUAGAGAAGGCCUGUGGGCAGCCAUCAAGGAUAAGUACCAGCAAGAGUCUCUGCCCACUAUGCCACCUCUUACUGAGACCACAGUGGAGGAGAUACUGGAGACCCCUGAAGAGCCAUCCCCAACUGAGGAUGAAGAUGAAGGUCCUGGGUUGGAGGAAGAGGCGGAGGAGGAUGAAGAUGAUGAAGAGGAGAGCCCCGAGGAGGACAAGGAGACUUUGCCCCCACAGCCAGUCAAGGUGGAUGAGGAGGUAGAGAAGGACAAGAUGCCUCCGUAUGAUGAGAGAACCCAGGCCUAUAUUGAUGCGGCCCAGGAGGCUCGGGAUCAUUUUGAAGAAGCCGAAAAGUCACUGACAGAGAUGGAAGAGUCCAUCAGGAACCUGGAGCAAGAGAUGGCACUGGAUUUGGGUCCCAGUGGAGAGUUUUCCUACCUGUUUGGACAGUGCUAUGAGUUGUCCACCAAUGAGUAUAUUUAUAGAUUAUGUCCCUUCAACCGAGUCACUCAGAAACCUAACCACGGUGGUUCCGAGACCAACUUGGGCACAUGGGGGUCCUGGGAUGCAUCAGAGGAGGAGAAGUUCCAUGUUAUGCAUUAUGAACACGGGACAGGCUGCUGGCAAGGCCCCAACCGCUCCACCAAGGUGAAACUGGUGUGCGGUAAGGAAACCGUGGUCACAAGUGCUACAGAGCCAAGCCGAUGCGAGUACCUGAUGGAGCUGGUGACUCCGGCCGCCUGCCAGGAGCCGCCCCCGGAGUCUGCAGGGGAUCCUGACCACGAUGAGCUCUGAGCCCCAGAAUUCCAGGGGAGAAGCGAAUACCUCCAGGACCUGUGCACACAUCUCCCUCCUCACCCCAGCCCAGGGUACGAGACCUUGCCUGCCAUGGCUCUUUGGGGCUCAGUCCAUGGGGCUCUGCUCCCCAAGCCUUCCUCCUUGGGAAGUCUGCCAUCUUGAUGAAGGUCUCUGGGCCUCUGAAGACCAUGAAGCCUCAUCCAUUCCCUAUUGUCUGGAUGCUCAAGUGACUGGGACACUUUGCCCUGCCCUCCCCCUCCCCAUUGGCAGCUUCACCCACUGAUGGUGACUGGAUACCCCUCACCCCGGCCACACUCCGGGCACAGCGGGCUUCCUGCCUGCUUGGGUGGGAGAUCUUGACCUUUGUGACUGUGACACAAUAAACUCGGAUCCUUCCCUA